AUGUAUCGAAAACGCGUCGAUGUAAAAUUAAUAACUAAAUGGGAAGGACGAUACGGCGCGGAGGCAAUGAUCGCAAAACCAAAUUUCCAUAGCCGAAGUAUCUUUUCGGAAAAUCUGAUAGCCGUUGAAUUGCGCAAACUCGAGGUGAAAUUCGACAAGCCGAUCUACGUAGGUAUGUGCAUUCUCGACAUAUCUAAAAUCUGUUUGUACGAAUUUCAUCACGAGUACAUGUUACCUUUAUAUCGCAACAGAUGUAAAAUUAUGUACACCGACACGGAUAGCCUUAUAUAUCACAUCCAGUGCGAGGACGUGUACGAGACGAUGAAACGUGAUAUUCAUAGAUUUGACACAAGCGAUUAUCCUGCAGAUAACGCGUACGAUAUUCCACAUGUUAAUAAAAAAGUGCCAGGUUUAAUGAAGGAUGAGAAUAAUGGUGCGGUAAUGACAGAAUUCGUCGGACUCAGAGCGAAGAUAUACGUGUUGAGGGUAGACGGUAAGAAAGAUACAGAGAGAGAGAGAGAGAAGGCUAAGGGCGUAAAGAGUAACAUGGUAGCGCGAACGAUAACGUUCGACGAUUACACGCGGUGUCUCAACGAUGAGAUAGAAAUGACCCGCCAACAGACUUGUAUAAGACCGAAGCUGCAUGAGGUGUACACUGUAGACGAAACGAAAAUCGCUCUCAGUCUGUACGAUGACAAGCGAUACGUUGUGCCCGAUUCUACAGAAACGCUGUCAUGGGGACAUUAUAAAAUACCAUUGAAA